AUGAAGCUUCUUACCCUGCUCGUACUCGCCGGCGCCUUGAUAAGUGAAGUGCCGGUUGUUUCAAACACAUCAAUUACCCACGAUCCCCAGCAAGCCACUGGACUCGAUGCAUCCGAGCAAGCCCGCGACUGGCAGUUGCCUCCAGGGAUGGCCAAGCCAGGCGGCCCACCCGCCGACCACUCGCCUCCUAUCGGUCCCGACGAUACAUCCAGGUCGGAUCCCGUUCUCAACGACGAACUCAACACAUAUGGCGCGUCACUAUAUUCUUCAGUAGCCCGCACCCCCGCCUCGUGGUUGACUUUGACGACUGGCUUCCUACCCACCCCUGAACGAGAAGAUACCUACGAGAAGUGUGGUGGGCUGACUGCUACAUAUAUCCGCAGGAGACAUCCGUACAACGUAAUACCACGCUACAUAAUGGCGAGUCCUGUCGGCCGGUCGCAGGCGACGAGGGCUCUGAUCUUCUACGA